UGGACCAUAUUAAUGGUAACAAUAAGUAUCUACAACACGUGAAUAGUCCAUCUCACGCGCGCUGAUUGGCUAGUUCGAAGAAGAUAAACAAGUACUAUUCAACUCUGUGCAGGCGAAGAGAAAAAAAUUGCGAUCUUGAUUUCCGCCAAUUUUCCGGUAUAUUGACAAAAAUUAACAUUUUUAUUUUGGUUUCUGUGUGGUAUAUACUAAAAUGAUUAUUUACCUCAGUGUGGGUGAAAGUGGUGAAUAAUUGUUAAUUACAAUGUCGCCGACCAAAUUGCAAACUUCUCAUGUUUCCCUUUCAUUACAUUUAUUUAUCGGUACUGGAAGGGCAAAUAUCAUUUCGGAAGAUUAAGAAGUAAUUUUCUCUUCGAUGCAUGGCACGUUUUACUCUAGAACCUUUAAUUUAUACUGUGCACGUACUGGAUUCUAAACGGGGAGGUUAGAUCGUGCUGUUGAUUGAAAAAGCAAGUAAUGGAUUCAUGGGCAAAAUGCAUUGGUUGUUUGUUUAUUUAGUUUUGUCUCGUCUUUUUACACCUUUUCCCUUUCUGUGUAUCAUUCUGGUUUAAAUGUUUUGGUUUGUUUUUAAAUCCUUUUUCUACAUUUCCAACUAUUUACUUUGCGUAGUGUUUAAUGUUCUCUGACGAGUCAAAACCGGAUAAUACCUUUUUUAUUUUUUAAAAAUGGCACUGUCAGACCAUCAAACACAAAUGGGAUGAAAUCAUCUUUCUCUCACGAAUUUUAACAAUAGCAAUUAUUUCAUGAACUAAAAUAAAUAAAGGAAGAUUUCUUAUCGGUUUAAUUUUUUCAAACGCUGGCAUAUCAUCUCGCGCGGAAAUCGGCCAAUGAAAGGUUUUAAAAGGCGGCUGAACAUUCACCAUGUUUGUCAUUUUCUGCAACGCAUUCUGGAGUUAAAAACCAUUUAAUAACGUCAGUCAACCCUUUUUUUGAAGGCAUUUCAAGUCAAAAAGCAGACGGUUUGCUGAAAGGAAACUUGAAGCAUCAGAAUGAAUGUUUCUGUUUCAAAUGACUCGUUUAAUGACACCCAGGCUUGGCGGAAUAAUAUUCCACAACUCCCAACAUAUGCGCACAAAGUUAUAAUUACCGUCGUCUACAGUACGAUGUUCUUGUUUUCUUUAACCGGAAACUCCAUGACGAUUUACAUUGUGUGGAGUAAACCUUACCUGCGAUCAGUUACCAACUGCCUGAUUGCGAACAUGGCCACAGCAGAUCUUAUUAUGACAUUUAGCGCCAUGCCUUAUGUGGUCGCCUACACCUUCAUACAGACUCGAUGGUUUGGAGGUGUCUUGGGAACGGUCACAUGCAAAUUGUUGAUGUUUUCAGUUCCAUUGUCCAUUGCAGCUUCUAUAUUCUCUUUGGUGGUAAUUGCGUUGGACCGUUUUUUCGCUGUAGUUUACCCGUUUAAUCGUCCUAAGGUAAUCCGCAAGAUUUCUGUGAUGAGCUCGAUCGUCUGGGCCUUGUCGAUCUUGUUUGCAUCACCGUAUUUGUAUGCUCACAAAGUGCUAUUAGGGGGGGACAAUAAUUAUCAUUGCGUUCAGCGAUGGGAACCGCCCAUUACUGAUCACAGCAAGGCGUUCCGAACCUAUUUUAUUUUCAUUUUCGUUUCUCUUUACUUGGUUCCACUGUUCCUCAUCGCCAUCUUUUACAGCAUCGUUUCAUUGAAGCUCUGGGUGCGAAGAAUCCCUGGGAAUCCAUCAGCUACAAACAUCAGGCAUGCAGAAGCGAGCAAGAAAAGAACUAUCAAAAUGCUCGUCAUUAUCGUUAUUGUUUUUGCCCUCUUCUGGCUUCCUGCGCAAGUGAUUCACUUAUUGGCAAAGUUCAAUCUACAAAUUUACAAUGCGAUAUCACCUAUAAUAAUGUUGAUAGCGUUUGGCAUAUCACACCUUAACUCCGCCAUAAAUCCCUAUCUCUACAUAGUCCUGAACAAAAAUUUCCGACGCGCUAAUAAGGAUGUUCUUCAGAGCUGUUUCAAGCCCGCAGGGAGCUUAGUGCGUUCCUGGGGAAGCAACACCACCUCGAGUGCGUAUCUGGCCGAAGGUAUGUCCAUGGAAUACGUGAGUGUCGGAGAUCUGGGGAGAAGAGAAAAGUACGACUUGUCCAGAAUCGAGAGAGAUCGGGACACUUCGUUGUGUGUUAGACAAGUAAGCCUAAUGAAAGUAAAGGAAAACUAGUUUAACAAGUGCAUUGUGGUUCGUAAAGAGUCUUAUAUGACGUUGUUGAUAUGAAUCAUUGGUCAGCCUCAGGCGAAGCCCCUAAGUAGGACUGCUUUUGUUUCUGAAAUGAGGAGCCUGCAAGGAAGAUAAGAGGACUUCAAUGGGGCUUUCGGAUUUGCAUUAGUUCAAAUUGCACUCUUGAGAGAGAAACAUAACUGAUACGAGCAUAUUAUUAUAACUCUUAGACCAAAAAGAGCUCCUUUUU